AUGAAGAAAAAAGGAGAUUCGAAACCAUUCGAAAGAAAAUCACAUAAUCAAAAGAUUCGCGAUGCUCACAUUCAGCGAAAACAAGAAAAAGAAGUCGCAAAAAAAGCGAAAGAAGAACAUAAACAAGCGGUGAAUGCUGCUAUGGCUCGAUACAAAACCAAUAAACAGCAACGUUCGAAGAAGCUAGUGAAGAAAACACGUCGUGGUCAACCCGUCAUGGGGGAACAGAUUGAAUUGUUGUUGAACAAGAUACAAAAACAAAAACAAAAACAGUGA